AUGGCUAGUAUUUCAGAAAUUGCUGUAGAAUAUCAUAGUGCUCAUAAAGGAAAUUGUUCUCAAUCAGUUGCGUAUGGUUAUUCAGAGGCAACAGGAAAUAGAAAAGAACUUAUCGAACAAUUGUCUGGAUGUGGAGGAGGAAGAGCUCCAGAAGGCUAUUGUGGUGCCUUAUAUGCAGCUAUUCAAAUCCUUGGAGAAGACAAAAAAGAAGCAUGUAUUUCCAAAUUUAAAGAAUCAAGUAAUGGAUGUACUAAAUGCAAAGAAAUUAGAGGUAGUAAUGUUAUCCCAUGCAGAGAGUGUGUUAGGGCUGCUGCCAAAUGCAUUGAAGAAUUAGCAUAA